GUGCGUGUGUAUGUUCGUUUUUAGCGACUGCACCAGUUGUUAAUAUUGACUGGUGUUUCCGUAUCACGACAAGUGAGAAAGUCAGCAGCAUACAUCACAGAGUGAAAAAAAGGAAGUGUUCUUUGACUCGAGACUCCACUCCAGGCUUGCCCCUGCCAGGGAAACAAGGAAUAAAACAAACCGCAGUUUUUUUUUUAUUCUUGCCUGUUCCUAGUUUUCCUGACUGGAUGUUCAAUGGCAGGCGGGACAGUGCGCAGGAGGACGAGAUGAAUAACGAUCCGAUCCUAGAAGAGACUUUGAUAAAGCGCUCACAGCAAAAGAAAAAAACCUCUCCACUCAAUUACAAGGAGAGGCUGUUUGUGUUGACCAAGACGAGGUUAACAUACUACGAAGGCAGAGCAGAGAAGAAGUCCAAAAAGGGAUCUGUUGAUAUACAAAAAAUCAAGUGUGCUGAGAUUGUGAAGAACGAUGGGGGGAUUAUUCCAUGUCAAAACAAAUAUCCAUUUCAAGUUGUGUAUGAUGCCAAUACCUUAUAUAUUUUUGCCCCAAAUAAUGACAGCAGAAGUGCAUGGGUCCAGAAUCUCAAAGAAGAAAUAAGGAAUAAUUCCAUUAUAGUUGCCAAAUUCCACCCCCAGUUCUGGAAUGAAGGAGUCUGGCUCUGCUGUAGACAAGCAGAAAAACUAGCACCCGGCUGUGAAGAGUACAACCUGUUCGGGGACAUUUCAAGAAAGCCUCUUCCUCCAACACCGAAUUCUGAGACUUUAGAAAAGCCCCGCCGGCUGCCUCCACCUCCACCUCCCACAGAAGAUCAUACAGAGGACAGUGAAGAAGAAAAGGAGAAAGUUGUCAUAGCCAUGUAUGACUUUGAGGCUGUGGAAACUCAUGACUUAAACUUGGUUCAGGGUGAAGAAUAUCUAAUCAUUCUCAAAUGUGAUGUACACUGGUACAAAGCACGGGAUAAAUAUGGACAGGAAGGAUACAUUCCUAGCAAUUACGUAACAGAGAAGAAAUCAAAUAACCUUGAUCAGUAUCCAUGGUAUUGCAAAAUUUUAAACCGAAAUAAAGCAGAACAGCAGCUCAAAACUGAGGACAAAGAAGGAGGUUUCAUGGUGAGGAAUUCAAGCCAACCUGGAACAUAUACAGUGUCCCUUUACACUAAGUCUGGAAGUGAGGGCACAUCUCAAGUGCGACAUUACCAUAUAAAAGAAACCCAAACAUUCCCCAAGCAGUUUUACUUGGCAGAAAAACAUCACUUCAACUCUAUCCCAGAACUCAUUCAAUACCACCAGCACAAUGCAGCAGGUCUUGUAUCAAGGCUACGAUACCCAGUUGGCAAAAAAGGAAUGUCUGCACCAACAACAGCAGGAUUCAGCUAUGAUAAAUGGGAGAUAAACCCCUCUGACCUGACCUUCAUGAAGGAGCUGGGCUGUGGACAGUAUGGUGUUGUACGCUUAGGGAAAUGGAGGGCACAGCACAAGGUGGCAAUCAAAGCCAUUCGUGAAGGAGCCAUGUAUGAAGAGGACUUCAUUGAGGAGGCCAAAGUAAUGAUGAAAUUGUCACAUCCAAAAUUAGUCCAGCUGUACGGUGUCUGCACACAACAGAAACCAAUAUACAUCGUGACAGAGUUCAUGGAGCAUGGCUGCCUGCUGAACUACAUCAGACAGAGGCGAGGAAAUCUCAGCCAAGGGACACUGAUAAGCAUUUGUCAAGAUGUGAGUGAAGGCAUGCAGUGCCUUGAGCAAAAUGGAUUUAUUCACAGAGACUUGGCAGCCAGGAACUGUUUAGUGAAUGAUUCCCUGGUGGUCAAAGUAUCUGAUUUUGGAAUGACAAGGUACGUUCUUGAUGAUCAGUACACUAGCUCUUCUGGUGCAAAAUUUCCUGUUAAGUGGUCCCCACCUGAAGUCUUCAAUUUCUGCAAAUACAGCAGCAAGUCAGAUGUUUGGUCAUUUGGUGUUUUAAUGUGGGAAGUGUUUACAGAAGGUAAAAUGCCUUUUGAACACAACCCAAACCAUGAAGUAGUAACAAUGGUUAGCCAAGGUCAUCGGCUAUAUCGACCAAAACAGGCCCCUCCCAAAGUAUAUGAGAUCAUGAAAAAAUGCUGGCAUGAGAAAGCAGACGAAAGACCCUCUUUUUACGAGAUAUUGCAUAUGAUCAAUGAAGUGGCAGAAGGGGAUUCUUCAUAACCUUUGAGCUGACAAGGGUGGAAAUGUCAUAAUUUUGGACGAUCUGGAUCUCUAGCCUGCUUUUUCUUCUUCAGAUUAUGCACUGCAAAUAUCUUCAAGAAUCUUGGAAAGUCAGUGUAAAGACAACUGCAUGUAAUUAACAACUUGUGGUAGUAGACUGUACCUAUAGUACUUGACUCAAAAAUUUGUAAAACAAAACAAACAAACAAAAAAAAAAAAAACUUGUAUUAAGAGAAAAUAAUUAUUGUAAAUUUGUACAACAGUCACAUAUUCUGGCUUGCUGGAUAACCCAAAAAAUGAUUUUAGCAAUAGCAGGUGUUCACAAACAAUGUUAACACCUACAUAUGUUUGCAAGUUGCAAAUUAGAUAGAUAGUGGUAGUGAAUCUAAUUGAAGAAUGUAAGAUGGAUGUAGUGAGAAGUACUGCUUUCAUGGUUGGGUUUACUAAAUUAAUGUUUCAGCUUCUACUCCUUUAUCAUGGAUCAUGUGCAGUUAUUUUACAAAAGAAUGUCAAUGACCACAACACAGUGAAUUGGCUUCCUGCUGAAAUGCAAACACUGUAAGGUGGGCGAGUGGAAAAACUUUUUACACAUCCUGUCUGGGGGUCGGUUACUGAAAAAUACAAGUUUGGAAAAUGUAGAAACAGGUUAUUCUUUUAACGACUCUUAAAGACUUAUAAAUGUAAUUCACAUACUGGUAAUUGUGAAAAAUGUGUAUUAGAUAAAUGGUUUAUGUGUUUAAAUUGUGCCCUGUUCAGUCUGAAAAUAAAGAGGCUGGUUUAGCUUUUUUUUUUUUUAGUUAUGAAGUGGGAUUGUCUUUCGUGUCUCUGAUCUAAUUAUUUUGCACUGUAAUAUUUCUGAUUUAUAUUAUUAUAUUUUUACAGUGUCUGAUAUCUAAUAGGGAUGUACAAUGUUUGUAUUUAUUUAUUGUAUGCAUGUAUGGGAUUUUCAGGAGACUUGUCUUGACACUAGAUACAAAGUAACAUUAAAAAAAAAAAAAAAAGUUUUUUUUUUUAAAUUAAAUUUUUUUUAUCACUGCUACUGUGUGCCAUUGAUGCUUUGUGCUGUGUCAUGCCACCCUGACCAUAGUCAUUUUAAGAAAGCAGGUAAUGCUGUUUAAAUAUUUACUGACUG